AGGCCAUUGCAAACCUAUUGCUCUUCAGUUGCAAAUCGUGCAGUUGCAAAUACCAAUCCCUAACGGAAUCUUCAAUAAGAAUGCCUUUAUUCUCCAAUGUUAUGUGGGCCUCGUUGCUGGUUGUUGUCUUGGUUUUCUCAACAUCGGACGCACACAAAAAAGGAAGAGGAGGCAGUGGUAAUGGUGGAGGCUAUGGUGUUUACGGUGGCCAACAAAGUCUAGGCUACGGUGGUGGUCAUACAUUACUACCGAUGAAUUCGGGACACGGUGGCCAUUCAUCGCAGAAAGAAUACGGUGGCCCCAUUUCUCCGAUGAUAGGAGGACACCACAGCAGUCAAGCAGCACCCGUGAGCAGAGAGUAUGGAGGUCAGAUUGCGCCAAUACGUGGAGGGUACGGUGGUCACGCAUCACCCAUGGGUGUAGGAGAUACCAGUAGUCACGCUUCUCCCGUUAGUGGUGGGUAUGGUGGACAUGGUUCACCAGCCGGUGGAGGAUACGGAGGGUACGGCAGUAGUCAAGCGGUCCGUCGGCCUAAGAGUGGAGGCUACAAUAAAAAUCACGCUGCAUCUGUGAGCGGAGGAUAUGGUGGUUAUGCUGCGCCAAUGAACGGAGGAUUCGGGGGUCAUUCAGCGCCAGCAAGAAAAGGACAUGGUGGUCACGCAGCUCAAAUAAACACAGGAUACGGUGGCCAUGCAGUGCCAACCAGUGGAGGAUAUGAAGGUCAUGUAGCUCCUAUGAACGGAGGAUACGGAAGUCACGCAGCAUCGGUAGGAAAAGGUUACGUUGGCCACGGAUCACAAAUAAGUGGAGGAUAUGGAGGUCAUUCUGCACCAACUAGUGGAGGUUAUGGAAGCCACGCUGCUGGAAAAGGCUAUGGUCGUUAAAAACUGGUUAGUUUGACAAAUGGCGGUGUCAUAAUUUCAUUUUAGCAUAUUUUAAUUUGCUAAACUUUCGUGACAGUGGCUGUUUGAAAUAUUUCUUUACAACUUAUAAUGGAUGCUCAGAAAAAAAAUGGCCUUUUUUCAUAUUUCAGGCCUUAGAACAAAGCUUCAAUCUUCUCGAGAUCUGCAAUCCACCCACUUAAGUCGAAUUGAUCAGUUGAAAAAAGAAAUUUCCCAUCAGGGAAUGGCCGUCUGUGGAUCCAAAUUAAACGAAUUUUCGGAAAAUACACGUUUUUUUCAUAAAA